AUGGUGCGUGCAGCCUCCAGGGGCUGUGCUGCCACAACCAAUGCCUGGGCGGCUGCGUGGAGCCAGGGAAUGCAAGCAGCUGUGUGGCCUGCAGAAACCUCCAGCACGGGGAUACCUGUAUAGACAAAUGUCCCCCAGGAUACUACGUCUUCAAGGGCUGGCGCUGUGUCAGCUUCUCUUUCUGUCAGGUUGAACUGCUCGCCAUGCGCAGGCCUGUGUCCCAAGCUAUGUGUGGGGAACAAGACCGUGGACUCUGUGAAUUCUGCCCAGGAGCUGCGAGGGUGCACCGUGCUCAACGGCAACAUGAUCAUCAAGAUCCGAGGAGGAAAUAACAUAGCAGCUGAACUGGAGGCUAACCUGGGCCAGCUGGAGGAGAUCACAGGCUACUUGACUAUCCGCAGAGCAUACGCCCUGGUCUCCCUCUCCUUCCUCCGAAAGCUCCGCAUCAUCCGGGGGGAGCAGCUGGAGGGAGAGUUCUACUCCUUCUAUGCGUUGGACAACCAAAACCUUCGUCAGCUCUGGGACUGGUCCAAGCACAACCUGACCAUCCAGCGCGGCCGCAUGUUCUUCCAUUACAACUCCAAGCUCUGCAUGUCCGAGAUCCGCAAGAUGGAAGUGGUGACGGGAACCAAUGAGCGCGACCUUAAGAAUAACAUCGCUGUCCGCAACAACGGCGACCAGGCCUCCUGUGAGAACCAGCUGCUGAAAUUCACCUAUAUCCGAACCCUGUCAGAUAAGAUCAUGGUCAAGUGGGAGCCCUUCUGGCCGUCAGAUUUCAGAGACCUUUUGGGUUUCAUGGUGCUCUAUAAGGAGGCGCCGUAUAAGAACGUAACUGAGUUUGACGGACAGGAUGCGUGCGGCUCCAACAGCUGGGCGAUUGCUGACGUGGACCCUCCCCCACGUGCCACCGAGGGCAAGGAGCAGCCGGAGCCCGGGUACCUGAUCCGAUCCCUGAAGCCCUGGACGCAGUAUGCCAUCAUGGUGAAGACACAGCUAUCUGCAUCAGACGAGCACCAGGUCCAUGGAGCCAAGAGCGAGAUUAUUUACGUCCGGACCAAUGCCACCAAGCCCUCUGUGCCCCUGGAUCCCAUCUCCUCCUCCAACUCCUCCUCCCAGAUUAUUCUGAAGUGGAAGCCCCCCACCAACCCUAAUGGUAACAUCACCCACUACCGGGUCAUCUGUCGUAAACAGGCCGAGGACAGCGACCUCUACAAGUUUGACUACUGCCUGCAAGGAAUGAAGCUGCCGUCUCGUACGCCCACACACUUGGGCAGUGAGGACGAGCAGAAGUGGAACCAGACAGACGAGCCCACCUCUGGGGGCAAGUGCUGUGCCUGCCCCAAGACGGACGCUCAGCUGAAGAAGGAGCAGGAGGAGACCGAGUACCGCAAGACCUUUGAGAACUACCUCCACAAUGAGGUCUUCGAGAUUAGACCCUCUCGUCGUCGACGCUCAGUGGGCGUGGCAAACGCCACCCAGAUUCUGCCUCGCUUCAUCACCACGCCACCCAGCCUGCCGUUCGCCACCACCAUCCCCAAACUUGAAGAGGAAGAAGGGGAGGGCUCCAAGGUGGAGCUAAAGGUGUUUUCUAAGGAGUCGGCAGUCAUCUCCAACCUGCACCACUUCACCAGCUAUAAGAUAGAGAUCCUGGCCUGCAACCAUCCCUCCGACCUCACCCGCUGCAGCAUGGCUACCUACGUCAGCGCCCGCACCAUGCCUGAGGACAAAGCCGAUGACAUCCCAGGCCCUGUGACCCACGAGAUGCUCCCGGAUGAUGCCAGCUCUGUGUUCAUUAAGUGGCAGGCCCCUCGAUCCCCCAAUGGCCUCAUCAUCCUCUAUGAACUGUUCUACAAGAAGGUUGGCGACCUGGAGACUCUCAAAGCCUGUGUGUCACGUCCAGCCUACAUGAAAUCAGGUGGUACUAAACUGCGGCUGGUGCACCCUGGGAACUACAGUGUGAAGAUUCGGGCCACCUCCCUGGCAGGAAACGGCUCUUUUACAGACAGCACCUACUUCUUCAUGCCAGACAAGGACACUGGUGUAUUUAAGAUUGUGAUUGGUCCGGUCAUCUGCUUCAUCCUGCUGCUUUUUGUCGGAGGUGGAGUCUUCGUGAUCUUCAAGAAGAAGCAAACUGAGGGCCCCACAGGACCACUAAUCGCCUCCUCUAACCCAGAAUACCUCAGCGCCAACGAUGUCUACGUCCCAGAUGAGUGGGAGGUCGCUCGGGAGAAGAUCACGGUUCUCAGAGAGCUGGGUCAGGGCUCGUUUGGCAUGGUGUACGAGGGACUUGCCAAGGACAUUGUCAAGGGUGAACCAGAUACGCGUGUGGCUGUUAAGACAGUCAACGAAUCAGCCAGCCUGAGAGAGAGGAUCGAGUUCCUUAACGAGGCCUCUGUCAUGAAGGCUUUCAGCUGUCACCACGUGGUGCGUCUCUUGGGCGUGGUGUCCAAGGGCCAGCCCACCCUGGUUGUGAUGGAGCUGAUGACCCACGGUGACCUGAAGAGCUACCUGCGCUGUCUCCGGCCCGACUCUGAGAACAACCCAUCAGGCCGUCCUCCGCCCACACUGAAGGAGAUGAUCCAGAUGGCGGCAGAGAUUGCAGACGGCAUGGCCUACCUCAACGCCAAGAAGUUUGUCCACAGAGACCUGGCUGCCAGGAACUGUAUGGUCGCAGAGGACUUUACCGUCAAGAUUGGAGACUUUGGUAUGACGCGAGAUAUCUACGAGACAGAUUAUUAUCGUAAGGGCGGAAAGGGCCUGCUGCCAGUCAGGUGGAUGGCCCCAGAGUCUCUGAAGGAUGGAGUCUUCACCGCUCACUCUGACUGCUGGUCUUUUGGCGUGGUGCUGUGGGAGAUCAGUACGCUAGCAGAGCAGCCUUACCAGGGUUUAUCCAACGAGCAGGUCCUCAAAUUCGUCAUGGACGGAGGCUACCUGGAUCGGCCGGAGAACUGCCCUGAGAGGAUGCACAGCCUGAUGCAGAUGUGCUGGCAGUACAACCCCAAGAUGCGGCCAAUGUUCCACGAGAUCAUCGAGAUGCUACGGGAGGACCUGCAUCCAUCCUUCCAGGAAGUCUCCUUCUUCUACAGCGAGGAGAACAAAGUCCCCGAGACAGAGGACUUCGACUUGGACCUGGACAACAUGGAGAGUAUCCCCCUGGACCCCUCCUCGUACUCCCAAAGGGAGGAGAGCCUGGGCAGGGACAGCGGGCCCUCGGUGGCCCUCAGGGGGAACUAUGAGGAGCAUGUCCCCUACACGCACAUGAACGGUGGGAAGAAAAAUGGACGAAUUUUAUCAUUGCCCAGAUCCAGCCCUUCCUAA